AUGACCAGCCAAGGCAACGUUGUGCUCCACAACGCUGAAUACGAGAUCAUCGACCAGGACCCUCACUUUUCGCGAGUCGUCAAGUACUUCCGCGGGUCGGACUACCUCAAGAUUGCCGCGUUUGCCGCUUCGGGCCCCCUCUUCCUUGCUGCACUCAGUGGUUUUUCAUCGGGCGGUAAAAAGUUCCAUGUUUCGCCCCGCAUGUUCCGUUGGUCCACAGGACUCGGUCUGACGGCUGGAUUUUUGAACCAGUACGGCGUUUCGUCGCUGCGGUUCCAGGGCAUCAACGAGAACGCCCGUGAAGUCGCUUUGGACCGCUACGAGAUCAAGUCUCGGCUGGCCCGCGGUGAGGCUCCCUACGGCGAAAGCCGCAUGCCCGAAUGGAUCCAGAACACUGCUGCUCGCAAUUCUACUUAUUCCUUCCUCAACAUCUCCGUCAUUCCUUGGUUCAACCUCGUCAACCACAACCACCAUGGCGUGUCGCUGGACCGCUACUACGAGACCCGUCCUGGUGAAGAGAAGUGGGGUUUUGAUUUGAAAAAAUAG